AGAGAAAAUCUUUCACAGAAAGCGAGAGACUUUGAUAUUUAAACCAUGGAAGCCAUUCAAGCCAAACCCAAUGCACCCUCUGUCCAGAGAGAGAGAGAUAGAAAGAGGAAAAUGGUAGAUUCAAGCGAUUCUGUCUCCAUCGACAUGGAAACUCUCUCUCUUGGUGGAAAGGAGUUCCUUAUAAAAACUUGCCAUGGUUGUGUAUCUGUUUCUGUAUAUGGAGACCAGGACAAGCCAGCUCUUAUUACUUAUCCUGAUUUAGCUCUAAAUCAUAUAUCCUGUUUCCAAGGAUUAUUCUUUUGUUCGGAAGCAUGUUCUUUGCUCCUCCACAACUUUUGCAUAUACCAUAUUAGUCCUCCCGGGCAUGAGUUAGGAGCUGCGACAAGUAGCCCUGAUGACCCUGUUCUUUCUGUUGAUGACUUGGCAGACCAAAUUGCGGAGAUUCUCAACUAUUUUGGACUUGGGGCAGUGAUGUGUAUGGGUGUCACAGCGGGAGCUUACAUUCUUACUCUAUUUGCUUUGAAAUAUAGGCAGCGUGUUAUUGGUUUGAUUCUUAUUUCUCCCUUGUGCCAAGCACCGUCAUGGACAGAGUGGUUGUGUAAUAAGGUGAUUUGUAACUUACUGUACUACUAUGGCAUGUGUGGAGUUGUGAAAGAGUUCUUACUUAAGCGGUAUUUCAGCAAGCAGGAAGCUCGUGGUAGUGCUCAAGUACCAGAAUCAGAUAUUGUCCAGGCCUGCAGAAGAUUGCUGGAUGAAAGACACAGUUUAAAUGUUUCGCGGUUUAUUGAAGCAUUAAAUGGGAGACCAGACAUUAGUGAAGGACUGAGAAAGCUACAUUGUCGUUCCCUGAUAUUUGUUGGGGAGAGCUCUCCAUUUCACUCUGAGGCUCUCUACAUGACAUCAAAACUAGAUAGAAGAUACAGUGCGUUAGUUGAGGUUCAGGCAUGUGGAUCCAUUGUGACAGAGGAGCAGCCCCAUGCCAUGUUAAUACCGAUGGAGUACUUUCUAAUGGGAUUUGGUAUGUACAGACCACCUAAGUUAAGUGUCAGCCCAAGAAGUCCUUUGAGUCCAUUGUGCAUUUCCCCUGAGCUCCUAUCACCGGAAAGCAUGGGCUUGAAGUUGAAACCGAUAAAAACACGAAUACAUGUGGAAGUUUGAAGAAUAUGGAUGACUGGCAAGAGUGCUUUUUUUUUAAUCCAUUUAUUGUAUGUUCUUUGAUUGAUUGGCAAAGAUAAACAUGGGUGGAUUGGUAGAAGAUUGUAGAUAAGAGUAAAAAAAGAGGAAAAAAAUACAGGGGAAAAUAUUAGAAAGAAAGCAGAGGUCGCCAUUCUUUGAUUUGUAAUCUUAAUUGUUAGUUGAGGUUGAGAGGGAUUCAGUUGUAAAUCCUUGAAAUAAGUUUUCAUAGUCAUAAGCAAAUGAUAAUAAUAGCAAUAAAUGGUGGAAGUUGAACUCGUGCUUUCUCAGGUUGGCUUCCACGUCAAUAAAUUUGAUUGUCUA